CUGCUCAGACGUGAGGGAAGAAUGGCGGCUCCUCGGACUUUCUUCAUCUCUCUCUGCGGCUUGUUUCUGCUCCUGUAUUUCUCCUGUGGAUCUACGACCUCCGGCAGCAGGAGGGCGAACCAGGAGCGAUGCGGCUUCAAGGCGCAGUCUGGUGCAGAUGGAGGCCGCAGGUUGGCCGUCGCCUUCAGAGCUGAUAACUGCUCAUUAAACUACCCAUUGGGGAAACAUGUGAUUCAUGAAGUCACCAACAUUUCCUUCAGCCAUCUGGCCUGUGAGGACCAGGCUGCCGUGGUCGUCCACUGGUCUGCAAGUCCACUAGGGAUUGAACACAUUAAAGGCUUCAGAGUUUACCUGGAGGACAAGAAUCCAGAAGGAAAACGGUGUCAACACCUGAUCCUCAAAGACCCUCGACAGCUCAACUACUCCUACAGGAACACGAAGCUGAGCAGUCAGCCAUUCAGCGGUUUGACGUUUGACACCGAUUACAUGGUUCGAGUUGUUCCCUUUCCUUCUCUGAUGAAUGAGAGCUUCUUCCCUCCAUCCUUCCUCAGGACCAACUCGUGUGAAGUCCUCCUUGGAUCGGACAACCUGGUCUGCAAACCAUUCUGGAAGCCAAAGACCCUGAACAUGUCUCAGCUUGGAUCAAACCUUCACGUGGCCUUCGAUCAGGCUCCGGCCUCCUUCGGCUUCCACUUCUACUACCUGUACUACAAGCUUCGGCAGGACGGGCCCUUCAGACUGCAGCGCUGCAAACCAGAUGUGAACCAGCCCAGAGCGACAUGCAUCCUCCAGGAUGUCACUCCAGGGACCUACACUAUAGAGCUGAGAGACGACAGUAACACGACCAGGAGGCAAACACAGUACCAUGUCAGCCAAGUCCAUUCCCCCUGGGCGGGACCGAUCCGUGCCAUGGCCAUCACGGUGCCUCUGGUCAUCAUGUCGGCCUUCGCCACCCUCUUCACUGUCAUGUGUCGUAAGAAGCAGCAAGAAAACAUCUACAGUCAGCUAGAUGAGGAGAGCAGCGAGUCGUCCAAUCACAGUGCGGCGUUGAACACCGACCGGCCGUGGCCCCGCCCCAAAGUCUUCAUCUGCUACUCCAACAGAGACUGUCCCAAACACACCAACGUCAUCCAAAGCUUCGCCUACUUCCUGCAGGACUUCUGUAACUGUGAGGUUGUGUUUGACCUCUGGGAACACUUGGAGAUGUGUAAAGAGGGGCAGAUGUCGUGGCUCAGCCGACAGCUGGAUGAAGCAAAUUUUAUCAUCACUGUCUGUUCCAAAGGCCUCCGCUACUACAUGGAGAAGAAGAGCCGCCGAGGAAAGACGCCAGUCAGUCGUCGUAAUAACAGCAGCAGCAGCAGCACUUCUGUCACUGGUGGGUCAGGCGGUGACCUGUUCAUUGUGGGCGCGGCCAUGAUUGCAGAAAAGCUGCGGCUGGCGAAGCAGAGCGAGGGGGGCGGAGCUCAGGAGCUGAACCGCUACAUGACAGUUUACUUCGACUACUCCACGGAAAACGACAUCCCCACCAUGCUGAGUCUGGCUCCCAGGUUCAAGUUGAUGGACCAGCUGCCUCAGCUCUUCAGUCGGCUCCACUCCAGUCAGUCCAGUCUGGCUGAGCGUGAGCAGCAGCCGCUCAACGUGUCCAGGAGGAACUACUUCAGGAGCAAGUCUGGACGCUCGCUCUACGUCUCCAUUUGCAACAUGCACCAGCACAUCAGCCAGAACCCCGACUGGUUCGAGAAGCAGCUGUCACCUGCAGGAGGCACCUCCGCCUCCUCUGACUCCCCCUCCAAACAACCUCCUCUCCCUGCUGCUCCAAGUCCUCCCCCAAAGCCUCCCUGCUACUCCUCAUCUCAGCCCGAGCAGAGGUUCGACUCUGGCCUGGUGCUGAAUGAGGUGGUGGUGAGGACGCCGCCGCUGGAAGGCAGCGAUAGAGCCCCGAGGAGGAACAUGCUCCUGCUGGCCCCUGGCUCCAGUUCCAGCCUCAACCUUGGCCCAAGUCCCAGUCCCAGUCCAGGUCUCUGUCCCAGUCCAGGUCUCUGUCCCAGUCCUGGGCUGUGUCCUAGUCCAGGCCUGCCACACUGCACUCUGUCUGCGCUGGGACCAGCUUCAAGGUCAACCUCUGGGAUAUCUGGACUUUUACCUGAAGAGCCUUCCUCCUCCUCAUCAUCCUCAGCUGCCUCCAUUCUGCAGGAUGAGGUGUGCCCUGUCCCCGCCCAGCCAGAGGAGAGCUGUCCUUCUGCUCCUGAGGUCCCGCCUCCUCGGGAUUCGGGUAUCUAUGAUUCGUCUGUCCCCUCUUCAGAGCUUUCAAUUCCUCUAAUGGAAGGACUGUCACAUGACCAAGCAGACUCCUCCUCCUUGGCUGACAGCGAAUCGUCUUCUUCUGGGCUGGGGGACGAGGAGCCACCGGCCGUCGCGUCGCUCCGCUGCAGCGCCACCGCAGUGUGUAAAGCCGAGCUGCACCACCAUCACCACAGCGACUCUCUCGCUCCUGUGGCAUCAUUGUAGAGGAUGCCAACAGCCAAUCAAAGGAGGACCCAAAACUGUACUGGUCUUAGCCCUGAAAGUGCUGUCAUCCCCAUGGAAACAAAACUGGAAGACAUUAAAGGCAUUGGAGGAACUCAUAUGUGGAAACAAAGUUCUAGAACACGAGUUCUUGUCAGCUAUGGAGACCACUAUGUUGUAGGACUCGCCUUUGCAUUCUGAAACACUAACUAUGGCAACUAUGGUGACACUACUUCCUGGUAAUCAUGGCAACCACUGAUGUUAAACCUGUAGUCCCUACUAAAUGUGGUAAACACCACUGUGUUUCUUGAAUACUGUUACCUCGUAGCUAUGGAAACCCCUUCAUUUUGAAACUCCAUUCCCCAGAGUUUAUGGUAACAAUGCCGUUCUGCAACAUUAGUCCAUGGUAACUAUGGUAACCACAAAGUUCUAGGACCAUAUUCCCUGGUCACUGGGGUAACCACUGGGUUGUAGAACAUUGGUCACAGGUAGCUGUGGUACUUACUGUGUUCUAGAGCAAUAGCCCAGCUAACUAUGCUAAAUACUGAGUUCCACAAUGUUGACAACUACUAUGAAUGAGGUAAAUACGGAGUUCUGAAACACAAAUCCCUGGUAACUAUGGAAACCACUGCAUUUUUCGAAUAACAGUCCUAUUAACUAUGGGAACCACAGAGUUCUGGAACACUACUUCUUAGUGGACCUUUGGUAAUGACUACAUCUCUGAAUACCAGUCCAGGUGACUAUGGUACCAACUGAGUCCUCAAACAGUAGUGCCUCGUCACUGUGGUAACCAUUGGGUUGUGGAGCAUUUGUCACUGUGGUAACCACUGCAUUCUGGAGCAAUACCCAAGUAACUUUGGUAACCAAUGUGUUCUAGAACGUUGACAACUACGAUAACUAAAAUAACCACUGAGUUCUAGAACCAUAGUCCCUGGUUGCUGUGGUAAUCACUGAGCUGCAGAACCUUGGUCACCAGUAAAUGUGGUAACUGCUAAGUUCUGGAGCUUUACUCCCUGGUAGCAAUGAUAGUGAUGCAUUUGUCCAAAUAACGAGGAUAACUGCCAUGUUCUGGAGUGAUGAUGAUUCCACUAGCUAAGGGAAACACAGAGUUCAUGAACUCUGCUCCCUGGUAACUAUGGUAAGUGGGUCAUCUAGAAUGCUAGUCUCUGGUAACUAAGGUACUUUGUUUGUACCACUGACCCACCUGCCUGGAGGGUUUUUGAAGGACUGGAUCUCCAGACGCAGGUGGAUCAGAACCAAUCAGUUCAAACCAAAGACUGCCUCGGCACUGCAUACUGAUGGAUGGAUGGAUGGAUGGAUGGAUGGACGGAUGGAUGGAUGGAUGGAUGAUUAGUGACGGCUGACUCGUGUGUUUGGGUAGAAGUUCGGUACCAAAACAAGACUCUGAAACAAACUGCAUGUUUGGAUGCAGAAAUGCGAGAAGGCACAGGAUCGCAAACAUGUUCAGAUGUGGCCCAGCAACAACAUUCAACAGGAUCAAAGUAGCUGAGUGCUAAAUGCAUGAACACAUAAAGGACAUUGAGAUUUUGGCAACAGGAGGCUUUUUGUACUAUUACUUGUAAUCUCAACAUUUUGGACCUACAACAACAAUUUCCACAAAACCACAUGAAUACUGUUUUUUUCUAAAGUUGCAAUACCUUAAAUGUGCCUUUUUAUAUUCAGAGUAGAAAGGGAAGGAGCAUUGUGGUACUAUUGAAGACCUGUCAACAAUGGUACCAACACCUGAUAAUGUGACACGAUGUGGGACAAGAGCAUACACUUGUGAACUGAAAUGUAGUUUCUUUUCACUGCAUCUUAAUUCAGACAAUAAAAUUGGCAUUUAUGCAUGAUAAGAUGUGAUUACAUUAAGCUUUUAUGGUAUUGGAUAUUGAUGUUACAUUUAUAGAUGUACAUUUCCUAAUAUUUUGAACUAAUUUUCAGACAUUGUUGCAGGAAGCAGCAAAGAUGAGGGGCUUUGGUUUUAAAAAUGACCAAAUUACUUUAAAUAAGGCGAGUUCCUCCAGGACAAUGAAAGGUUGACGAGUUUGUCAAAUGAAAUGCUGAAAUGAUGUCACACUUUGAUGUAUUAAGUCAAAAUUCUGAGAAAGUAAACACAGUUUUUUACUUUUUAUGUCAGAAUUCAGCAAUGACGAACCAUUAUUUCUACUAUAACUUGAAACUUUUAUGUGUCUCCUAUUAUUUUGACUUAAUUUGAGAUUUUUUAUAUAAAUGUAAUAGCUUCUGUAAGUCUUUUUUUUUUACAUUUUCCUGACUGGGCCGUUGUUGAUCUCUUGUACAUAUUUCAUGAUAGUCAGAGGACACUGUGACUAUCAGUUACUGAUUUUUUUUUUUUUUCUUUUCACGAUCAGCAACUGCACUUGGUUUUCUGGAUCAAAAAUCACGAGUCCUGUGUUUUUUUAAGUGUUGAUAAAGUCCUUUUAAAGUGUGUUUUCUGACUCUAAGUUGCUGCUGAAGGCUGAGGAUCGAUGGCUUUUGGUUCAUCCACAGGUUUGAGUUGUUGGAAGGAAGGACUGAGCAUUUCCCACUUGUAAAUAUUUGUAGUUUUCUCUGAAAAUGUCUGAUUUUAUUUUGUAUAGACUGUCAUUUUAGUAUUUUUUUCAAAUUUUAAAGAAAUAUCUUUUUAGAGCUGUACUGUUUUAUAGUACUUUAAUUUAGGAAGUAAAUAAAUCCAUCUAUGAAAACCUU